CCAUGGUUUUUGCUGUCACCAAUGCCAUUUUCUCUGAGCUCUGCUCUGUUCUGACCAAUCUUUGGCUUCCGUGAGGGGUGAGAACCCCAGGAUAGAUUCAUAGUUUGCAGUUAAGAAAAAAGAUUAGUAUUGACAACACAUAAAAACAAAAAGAAAUUACCACAGCCCAAGAAAAUUAUUAAACUAAGCACAUAGAAUAUUGCAUUGUGCUUGAGCCACCCUGCAAACUCCUUUUGAAGCAAUUCUUGUGGGUCUCUCUCUCUCUGUUUUUCUUUCUUUUUCAUUGUUCAAAGCCUCUCAGAUCUAACCCAUACAUCAGAUUCCCACCCUGUACAGCUUGUUUAUUCAAACCGAGAGAGAGAGAGAGAGAGAGAGAGAGAGAGAGAUGAUUUGAUACUUUCUUGUUCGCCUGAGAAGUGAAACAAGUUUGAGAGGUCAGUUCUAAUCAUUUCCCAACUGUAUCUUGGGCACCCAUUUUGUCUUGUUUUAUUGAUGUGUGAUGAACUUACUCAUGAUCUGUCAACGCAAGCCUUUAUCUUUGCUUUGUUUGCAAUGAUUGUGUAGGAUUCAAAGAAAGUAACUUUUGAUCCUCCCCUCUUUCUUUAACUCUCAAAGUGAUUUUAAAUGCCAUCGAUUGAUUGUGUUCCAGAGCAAAAAAGCUUGUUGCUGAACGUUUCCCUUUCUCCAUGUUGUAUCCUUCGACUGAAGCUGAUAACACUCGGUCAAAAACCCUGUUCCCGGGCGCAGAGGCACACGGUUCGGGCUUGUGACUUUGCCGCUAGUCUGAAAGAGACAAGGCCCCCACAUUGAGAGGUGGAAUAUCACAUGCAGUUGCAGAUGAAUGACUCCCCUGCUUUGAAUGCCACUGUUGCAUUACAUCUUCUUGCGCCAGAGUCUCUUGCUUUCAGCCACUCAAAUUGCAUCAUCUGUGAGUAUAAGAUGUUGGAAAGAAUCCUCAGAACAUGCCCAGUUUCUCUCUGGAGAAAGGCCCGGUGGAUGUGAAAGCUUUCUCAACUUCAGAGCCUGUGGGGGCUUUUAAAAAUUGCAUUUUGCGAAGUCGGUAAUGCUUAGAAGAAGAUAAGUGCAGAUCCUUAAGAGGCAGUGAAGGGAAGAUUCAUUUGACGUUUGAGGAUGGACUUGGAUGAUAAACCAGUCAAACCCUCCUCCAGUCUCUUCAAGGAUGCUCUAGCACAUGGGGUUUCAGUUUCAGCCGCAUCAGAAGACCAUGUAAUCAACGCAGGCCUCACCAUCAAGAUUGUUAAUGCCAGCAAAAACUCUGGUAAGGAUAUCUUGGCAUCGAUUGGCUAUAGAGUAGAAGAAUCACUGUGUGCAAACAUAAAGAGCUCCAUUGAAUCAUACCAGUAUAAUUCCCCCUCCCUUGUGUCCCCACCCUCAUCAGCAUUUGUCUCAGCCUUGCAAUCUCCAUACAUAUCUCCAAGGGCCUUGACACCAACGGCCACAAAUAAUCCCGCCCCAACGGAGGACCCCGCUCCUCCAGCACAUCCAUCUCUGCCGGGAUCGUUCCAUGGCACCGGGUCGCAGUCAGAUGACAUCCCGAGCAGCUCCUACACUCCCCCAUCUGACCAAUACGAAUUCUCCGAUGACCCUUAUGAUCCUAAGCUCAAAUUCAUCACCUGCGUCUCUGACCCGGCGCCACCCCGAGUUUCAUUCUCCUUCCCGGUCCCACGGAUUUCCUUUGGCAAAGGGGCGCUUUCUCCGGCUGCCAAUGCUAAGCUGAGGAGCUGCGAUGUGUUCAUAGGCUUCCAUGGGCAGAACCCGAAUCUGGUGAGGUUUUGCAAGUGGCUCAAGUCAGAGCUUGAGCUCCAGGGAAUUGCAUGUUUUGUGGCCGAUAGAGCAAAGUACUCAGAUGGUCAGAGUAAUGAGAUUGCGGAUAGGGUGAUUUGCUCAGUGACAUUUGGAAUAGUGGUUGUUACCGGUUCCAGCUUUAUGAAUCCUCUUAGCUUGGAGGAGAUAAGAUUCUUCGCUCAAAAGAAGAACUUGGUUCCAUUGUUCUUUGACACGGGCCCCGCUGAGGUCACGGGCCUACUCAAUUCCAAGACGACUGAUAAAGAAUGCAGAGAAGCCAUUGAUGGACUAAUCAAGUGCCACGAGUUCAAGCUUGAAGCAAAUGAAGGCAAUUGGAGAAGCUGCAUAGCGAGGGCCGCCAGGAAUUUGAGAGCGAAACUCGGGCGCACAAGCGUGGCCGAGAAGGACGUCGAAGCAUUUGAGGAAAUGCCCUUCCCAAGAAACAGAUAUUUCGUCGGAAGAGAGAGAGAGCUCACGGAGAUUGAGAACGCAUUAUUUGGAUCUGGGAAUAGUUUCGAGCAAGACUACACGAUGCCCACUACUAAAGGAGAAGCGAGUGGGCAAUCUGAAGGGCUUGCAGAUGAGGAGAGCGAAACGACUACGACGAGAGGAGGAAGAUUCAUCAGUCUAGACGUGCAAAAGUGCAAAGAACCAAAGUUGGAGGCUUGGGUAGAGCCAGCUUCGGGAAGGAGCUCUUUGAAGAGGUUGAAGUACAAGAAGUCGAAGAGCGGGAGCUACAAAAGCUUAGGCAGCAGUGUGGUCUGCCUCAAUGGCGUUCCUGGCAUUGGGAAGACAGAGCUUGCUCUGGAAUUUGCUUACAGGUACUCUCAAAGAUAUAAAAUGGUGCUAUGGGUGGGUGGCGAGGCUCGAUAUUUUAGACAAAAUAUCUUGAAUCUAUCGCUCAAUAUGGGCUUAGACGUGAGCGCAGAUGCUGAAAAGGAAAGAGGACGCAUCCGAAGCUUUGAGGAGCAAGAAUUCGAAGCGUUCAAGAGAGUUAAGAGAGAGUUGUUCCGUGACAUGCCUUACUUGCUAAUCAUUGACAAUCUGGAAACCGAGAGUGAAUGGUGGGAAGGUAAAGAUUUGCAUGACUUGAUUCCAAGAAACACUGGGGGAUCCCACGUGAUCAUAACGACACGGCUACCCAAAAUCAUGAACUUUGAUUUGAUACAUAUUUUGCCUCUGCCUUUGUCUGAUGCGACAAUCCUAAUGGGAGGGAGAAGGAAGAGAGACUAUCCCGCUCAGGAGCUCGAGGUUCUGCGGAAGUUUGAUGAGAAGCUGGGGAGGCUGAGUUAUGGUAUGUGGAUUAUCGGAUCCAUACUAUCUGAACUUGCCAUUUCCCCAUCUGCACUCUAUGAAGCAGUGAACCAAGUCCCGUUUGAUGGCUCUUCUAGUAACACUUCCUAUGUAAGCCUCAGCGAUGAACACUACUGCAAAAACAAUCCCUUCCUUGUUAAAGUCCUGCUCUUUUGCUUCAAUAUCUUAGAGCAAACCAGUGUAAAGAGGAACCUUAUGGCAUCAAAAAUGCUACUUGUUGGCGCUUGGUUUGCCCCGGCACCUAUCUCAGUGAGUCUGCUCGCCUCAGCUGCUAAGAGUAUGCCGGCCAGUGGAAACCAGUUGCAUUGGACCAAGUUGUUCGGUUUCAGCUGCGGUUUAGCACCCAAGACCUGGAAAAGCGAGGAAGAUUCAGCUGUCCUUCUAGUCAAACUUGGGCUGGCGCGAACAGCUAAUAGGCAACCGGGGUACUGGAUCCAGUUCGACCCCAUAACUCAACUAUUUGCACGAAGAAAAGAUGGUUUGCUCGCUGCCAAAGCAACAGUUCAAGGCAUGAGAAAAUUCAGCAAUCCGGUUCUGAACUCGGAUCACCUCUGGUCUUGUGCAUUCCUAGUCUUUGGAUUUAAGUCUGAGCCCCCUCUAGUCCAACUGAAGGCAAUCGACAUGGUUUUGUUCAUCAAAAAGACGGCCUUGCCCCUGGCAAUCAGGGCAUUUACAACCUUCUCGAGAUGCAACUCAGCAUUGGAGCUCCUCAAAGUGUGUACGAACGUGCUCGAGGAAGUGGAGAAGUCGUUCGUAUCCCAAAUACAGGACUGGUGCCACGGGUCACUCUGUUGGAAGAAGUCCUCGAAUCCAAGAAGCCAAAGGGUAGACGAGUACGUGUGGCAGGACGUGACGCUUUUGAAAGCUGCGCUCUUGGAGACCAGAGCGAAAUUGCUGCUCAGGGGUGGUCACUUCGAUAGCAGUGAAGAGCUGUGUAGGACUUGCGUUAGUAUUAGGACGGUUAUGCUCGGGCAUAACCAUACCCUGACCCUCGCUGCUCAAGAGACAUUGGCCAAGCUAGUGAGGAUGAGAAGCAAGAUCUGACAGCUCGCUCUCAACGGAAAAACAGAGCCAAUGUUCAUGGUCGAUUGAGCUCAGUUUUGUUGUGAAAAACACUGUAACCACGUUAGUUUAGAUGCAAGAUCAUCAAGAGUCCUCACUAACACUUCCACCCUUGUUAAACAUUUCUUUCACAUUGACGGGAAUAGUAGUUUUUCGUUCAU